CUCUCACCGUUUGCUGCAGCCGAAUUGAUACGUGCUCCAACUUUCCUUCUUCGUCUUCCUUGCAAUCGAACCCUAAGGUCCUGGGAUUGAACUUUUCCUCACAAUCAAUACUUCUCGGUUUGGUUUGGACUUUGGAGCAAUUAUGCAGUUCUCCUGUGGGUUUGAUGACAGAGGUAACAUCACAAUCGCAAUGUCUAGAUGGAGUACUCGAAAUAUAGAGGUGAUUGACCCGGGUCACUUAUCGGAUGGUGGAGGAUUUCCUGGCCCCCUAAUCUCAUACCACGAGCUUGAAGCUUCAUUGGGAAAGAGGAUUUUUGCAAGAGAUUUAUAUUUCUUUGACGGCUUCAAGUACAUGGUGGUUUUCCCACAGGUGCUAGAAGGGGAUCGUCCAACCAAGAAUCAUAUGUCUUCAGUUUUCCGGGUGUUCAAGAAAUUGUGGCGUGAUGCUGGGGAAUUCAUCGUGGGUAACAAGGUUCUUGGUGUUGGCCUUCUGGGGGUGCUCUGCCUAGGUGUUGUGAAGAGUGAAAUCUUAGGCAGUGUUUGGCUUGUGGGGUUGAUAACUGGGUCAAUAUAGUUUACUCUUUUUUUUUUAAUAAUGUCUGCAAAGUAGCUAUACAUACACUUUUGAGGACAUAUGGUUGUUUCCAUAAUCUAUUGCUAUGGUUUUCUUGUUAGUGCUUAUGUUUCCAUAGUUUUAUGCCACUACAUUUUUAUUUUCUAAACGGUUAAUGAGUUUGAUUUCUUACACAUCUUCUCUCCACCUUGUCUUUGAGAAUCACGCACACGACUGAAUAAAUUUUGCUAAGAAAGGUAACAACUCUGG